AAAAAGAAAAAAAAACAAAGACUAAAAGCUAGCAUACUUGAUCUAUGUUAUUGCUAUCUCCAUCGAGAGGGAAAAAGAGAGUUAAUAUAGAGAGGGCCAUAGUUGUCUUGACCGCCGGUCAGUCGGAAGAGAAGAUCGCCGGAGAAAAGGCUAGAAUAACCUUUGCAGCUUUGCCGCCGCGCGCUGUAUUCGCCGGAGUACCAUUCGGGAUAUCGAACUGGGUUGAGUCGUUCCACUCCAGGAAGAGAAGAGUCAUCGUCGAUCGGUCCACUUCUGCCGCCCUCCGGCCCACCGUUUCUCACGUUGGAGGAGAAGAAGCUGAAGUUGCUUCCAUCGGACUUGACUGCUGCCACUAGACUUUGCCGCCUAUAACAAAUCUAUUUCCGUCACUUGUCGCAAGAGAAGGAAGAUCUCCGUCAAUGGAGUACGUCUUCUUCACUGGACAGAGAAGGAACCCUUCACCGGAGGAAGAGCCGGGGCCGCCGCUCGCUUGAGACGUCGCCACCACCGCAUUGUAGAACAUGGUCGUAUGUAGUCGCCGCCACGUCUGCCCCGCUGUCGCCACCAAAAAAACUGGAGAGUUACGCACGCCUGUUAUGAGCGACGGCCACACAAUUCACGUAUGGUGGUUUGAGUAAUCAGGAGCAAUGUAGAAGAAUUCUCUAGAGUUUGAGGUGAUGAAGGUUAUGCAUGAUGAUGAGAGCUGCGUUAGAUCACGUAGUUUAGUAUUUAUAAUCACCUAGUUAUUGUUUAUUUCAGUUUGAGAACAUGUAGACAUUUAAAUUAUUUUUGAAAUUUUCAGUACUUAAAUACUUGGAUUAUUUUUGGAUGGUGGUUUAGCCUGUGCAUUCGGUUAUGUGAGAACCGAGUGUGGCGGUAACACCCAUUUCCC